UUCUUGCAGAAAUAAUCUUCACGAUUGGUCGAUUUGGGUUGGGUGAUGCUGCAAGUGCUUAUGCAACGCGUCUCAAGGAUCUCGGCCCCGCGUACCUAUUUGCUUUUUGAGGUUUUCCAAAAAUUGCUAGGCUUAGAUCUGAGAGGCCACUUACGUGCGCGUCUGCCAAGGGUUUGAGCCUAACCACUCGAGAUCCUUUACUGGCGGCUUCAGCGUUCCUAGCAUGCCUGUCAAGUUCUGACACUAAUAUACCCGCCGUUGACGCGCAGUCAUGUAUGAUCCACAGCAAGAAUUAAAGUGCAAUCAUGGCUGAAUAUCGUGUAUCCGUUCGAAACUAUCACUGGUCCCAUCAAAAUACCCUCGUCCGGUCACCUAUUCUAGAUCUCACGGUUCCCUUACCAACUCUGAUCGUUCAACCGUUGGAAGGGUCUAAUAAGCAAGAGCCGCGAGUACUUAGCAACCCAGCCGAAUUGAGGGAUGAUAUCCGAGGCGACAUUUACGAAGCUGAAGCACAUGGCGUAAUAAUUCCAACAGACACGUUGAUCGAUAAGUCCCCCGUCUGGGUGCCCAUACAUAGCUAUAGGUGUAAGGAGAACGAAGUCUAUGUUGUCAAUCUGGCGACCUUUGAAGCCUCCAAUGUACCCAUAGCCCAUAUAUGUUGGGUCCCAGGUUAUAAAGCGCCUGAUGGUAAAUUGUAUACAAUCGUCGGUGCUCCACGGAAACAAUUGCGAGAGACACGGAUCUUAGUCCUCGCUCAACAGGUCGGCUUUCCGAGGGAAGCUAAAUUUAUUUCAAUCGACCCGGCUUUACUCGCCAGCUACGACGAGAUCACCCAGGGUCAAAAGAAGGCGCUGUUUGACAUUCAGCUUAGAUAUAUCCGAACCAGAUCCAGUCCACCAUCGAUGCUUCUCUCGAAUGGUUAUCGCGUAUUUUCAUCCCCAGAUAGAUUUGGCAACAAUAGGCGUAGCCUAGAAGAGGUCUUGUUUGAAGAUCUCCAAGUUCCUCGGCAUACCCACUCCAUUUGUAGCUCUCAAAGCAGUUUCGAUAGCUCUAACGACGACGAUUCACUGUACGACAAGCCUACAUACGUGUCGUUGGUAGAAGCCCCAAAGCGUCCGUACACUUGCGGCUGUAAAUUUCCCGGUCUUCGUCCUACGUACUUUGACCCCAACCCGAGCCACCGCCAUGGUACAGAUGAGGAAUGUUCCCUCGGUGCCGCUCACGCAAAGCAUUGCGUCUUUGCAGACCACACACCUACUGUUUGCGUCGUCUUCGGGCCCGGGGAAGAGCAUGAACAUUGCAUCCAUCCAUCGGAAGCCAUAGAGACUGAAUUCAAGAAGGUAUUUGGAGAGGACUGUUUUGCGGAUGUCGAAGUCUGGUACGAGGACGCGGAUAGGCAAAUGAACCAUGAAUUGUUCCCUAUGGACCUCGAACCGGCUUUCGACGACUCGCCUUCCUUAACAUAUUAUUCUGAAAUAGGGGCUGAUGAGCAGUCGACGACUAUCACAUCUGAGACCAUCGAUGAAUCGGACCAGGAUUCCUAUAUGAAUCUUGAAUGGUACGGUUCUCCCGAACCGAAGGACAUGGAAAUAUAACAUUACCCUUUAUGUUUUCACAUAAACAUGCGGAUGAGGACAUCUGGGAGGAUUGGGCGGACCUAUUUGACGAGCCUAGCGCUGCCUUUUGCUUCCCAGAACAUUUAGCAUAGGUGGCAGCGAUACAUUUUCUAUAUUUCUUCAAGUUACACAGAUAGACCCCCUUUAUAUGUACCGCGAUAAAUUGAAAACGAAAGGAUAUCUUGCUUGCUAUAAUUACCCUACAUAAUUAGCUAGUAGCACUCUGUUACCUUGGACGUAAGUAUUCUCCAUAUUCGUCGGCUGAGUUGAGCAAACUCAAUACUUUUUCAC